AUGAAAGAAGUCAUGUCCAACAACAGCACCACUAGCAUCUCGCAAGCCAGGAAGGCUGUAGAGCAGCUGAAGAUGGAAGCCUGUAUGGACAGGGUCAAGGUCUCCCAGGCAGCCGCGGAUCUCCUGGCCUACUGUGAAGCCCACGUGCGUGAAGACCCUCUCAUCAUACCAGUGCCUGCAUCCGAAAACCCCUUCCGAGAGAAGAAGUUCUUCUGUACCAUCCUCUGACUCCGUUGGUGACGACGUGGCUCUUUUUUCUGUCCAUAAUUCCCUGGCAGAGACCGCAUGCUCUUAGCCGUAGGGAGUCCCAGCCAGCCCCGCCCUC